AUGGCCGUUGAACCAUUGCCGCUCUCGAAAGUUGCUAAAACCUUGGAAUCUGCCACUGGGUACGAUUUUCAAGUCAUUCUGAAAACACUCACCUCGUUCAAAUAUGUGGACGAUAAACUUUUGAAAUCCGAUCUGGCAGUUCUGGUGGCUAAAAUCCUAAAACUGCUCCGCUCCAGCGACGAUUACCACGUUUGGAAAGCAUGCCACCUCACUGAGGUCAUUUGUGCAUACAACCCCGUUGUUCUAUGUUCUCAAGCGGGCGUUCUUCUUACUGCUCUUUUCAGCAAGCUAGAGCAGAAAGCAGGGUUCUACCGGACUACGGUCUCAACUCCUCAAGGUAAAACAGUAUUGUUUACUCUGGUUAAAUCGGUUGGAGUCAUGGUGGAUUUGGUUCGUGGCAAGCCAGCGUUAACCCGGGAAAUUCUCACUCCUAGAUUGCCAGCUAUCAUCUCAAUCUUGAUAACUUUAUCCCAAUUUGAACCUAAGUUGUGUUGCCCUAUUUUGAAAAAGCUUUUGACCAAAAAUACCACCACAUUUAGACCCCACAUCAACAAGUUCAAAAACGUUUUGAUAAAUCUUAUUGCGAAAGACUACCAUCACUUCGAUGAUGCUACAAAGAAACUCAUUGUCGAAAAUUUUGCGCUUUUGAAUCUAGUCAAACAAAAUAGCGGACCUAAAGACGAAACCAAAAGCCAUCUCAAGACAUAUCAAGAUGAACAAUGGAGACAAAGUAUGAUGUCAGUUUUGUACAAUUUCAAGCCUAUUAUUAAUCUAUGUGGCGAGAUCAUAGAUUUUUCUGCCGACCGGGACAUGCAGGAUUUGGUACAAAGGCUCCCAUCCCCUCCCAGCGGAGAAUUUGAGGAAUUCCUGCCGCCAGUAAAUGUCGACUUAAAUAAACCAAUGUCGCUAUGGCAAAUAGCAGAAAGACUGAGGAUUUUGUGUGAUUUGACCGUUGCGUUCACAUCUCAGCAUACUAAGUACCAGAUUAGGGUUCCUCUGGGUGGCAUCGUGACUAUUUCUGAAGCGAUUCUAAGUUUGACAACUAACUAUCUGCCUUUACAGCGUACUUUGCGCCGCGACGCGGAACUAACAUCUACAGUAGGUGCGCUUCUCCCCACUUUACAGGCUAGCGGGAUGACCUUACUUGGUUCGAUGUCUCAGUUGUACGGAAAAAUGCUACUUUCCUACACACCAUCUAUUUUGGCAACGUUGGAGUUCUUCAUUCCUUCAAAGAAGGGUUCCACUUCAAUCGAUCUUGAGAAAGUGGACUGUCUAAGAAGCGAAUUUUUUGAUCUCUUUGGCAUUGUAAAUCUAUAUUUGAGUCACUUGGGACAUUCGCUCAAUGAAACUACUUUGUUCACUAAGCUUGUGGAAAUUGCUUUACAUUUGACUAAAGAUUCAGUGCCAUUGAAACAUCUCUAUCUUCAGCAAAAUUUAGCGCUCAGAAAAACUUCAGAAAAGUCAAAAAAAGCUAGCAAGCAAAAUACUGGAUCAAUGUCGGAUGUGUAUUCUCAUCCACAAGCCUUCAUAAGUACUUGUUCUUUGAAACAUUUCGAUUCUUUGAAUAGAUUUUUAACGGGCAUUGUCUUGAAUCUAAAGAUGCCAUCUGUGCAGCAGAUCAAGAUAACAAAGUACGCGAUCACUGCAGCGGUCAAGCUCGAAAGGGAGCUUGGGCAAGUUCCCGAAUCUUUCGUACACUUGUUGCGGGCUCUUGUGAUGCACCCCGGCUACGAGCGAAUCUCGAUAAUUCCUAUAGCAGUGACACUACUCAAGAAGCAUGGCGAUGAUGUGUUUGAUGUUUUCUGCAACCCAAGGCUACCAAUCGGGGCUGUUCAGACGGUAAACAGACAGGAACAGUCAAGUCUCUAUGAUGAUCACGAAGAGGAGAUAGAUUUCAGUCACGAAGCUGAGGAAGAAGGUGAAAUCACAACGGUAAAUGAGGAUACUAAGCCAGAGCCGGAGGAAAUUGAAAAAGCAGAGGCGCCCAACGUGGUACUUGCUUCUAACAUGGAGCGCAUUUUAAAUGAUGAACCGGACAAGAUGUUCAGAAAAAGAACCAUUGAGGUUCAGAGCGACGAUCAUGAGUUGAAGAUUCGCAAGACCGAAAUCGAGCAAGAAGUUGAAGUGACUAAGUCAAUUCCAGUUGAGGUCGUGCAGGAAAGUGAAACGGUUGUAGAGGUUCACGAGAGUGAUGUCGAGGAUGAUUCCGAUUUCGAGAUUCCAGAUAUCAACCUAAGUGACGAUGAAGAGUAA